AUGGUGAAAACAACUCAUGUAGGAUUCCUCUAUUACAAAACUCAAAAUAAUUUGAUAGAUUAUAUUGCUGGCAUCGAUGACAGAUUGAAUGAGAACCCAGUCCAAGAAUCAGAAAUCAAAGACCUCAAUGAGUUCAUGCAGGAUGCCUCUAUUACAAAACUCAAAACAGUUGGUCGAGAGUUUACUUGGACAAAUAACCAGGUGUAUAGCAGAAUUGAUAGGGCCUUAGGAAACCCGGAAUGGAUACAUAGCUGGCCACAAAUUAAAGCUAUCAUUCUUGAGCCCUCAUUCUCAGAUCACUCUCCCAUCUGCGUCAAUAUAUGCACAAGGAAAAUGAGGAGGGCAAAGCCUUUCAAAUUUUACAAUUACCUGGCAGAUCAUCAGGAAUUCUCAACAAGAGUAGAGGAAUAUUGGGGAGGUGCAGGACAAAGUACUACACUACAAGGAAUGAAACAGUUAUCCCAUGACCAAUAUAAUGGUUUAGCAGAUAAAGUCAACAGAUCAAGGCAACAACUGUAUGACCUACAAGAACAAAUGAGGUCCUACAACCAGCAUUGUCAGUUAUUUGAAAAGGAGAAAUGCCAAAAACAGCAGCUAGAGAAAUGGUCUACUAUAGAGGGGGGUAUUGCUAAGCAGAAGUCUAGAGUACAAUGGAUAAAACUGGGUGACUCGAAUACAGCUUUCUUCCAUGCUUGUGUAAAACAUAGAGAAGCUUAG